AUGGCCCACCCAGCGCCCAAACAUCGUCAACUACCAGACAAGGAGAGCAAGCUGUUCCGAGAGCUGCUCACGCAAUACGAGCUGAAGCAGUACAAGAAAGGUAUCAAAGCUGCCGAUACCAUCUUGAAGAAGUUUCCAAAUCAUGGCGAAACUCUCGCUCUCAAAGCACUCACCUUGCAUUCCUCCUUGCCCGAACCAUUGACGCUUUCCGCUGUUCCCAAGAAAGAAGAGGCAGAAGCUAUGGCUAGAUUAGCUAUCAAGAAAGAUAUCACAAGUCACAUCACCUGGCAUGUGUUAGGUAUUUUGGCGAAGAGUAGGAAAGAUUGGGAUGAAGCUAGUCGGGCUUUCGCCAUGGCUCGAAAGCAAGAUCCAGAUAACAUUCCCCUGAUACGAGACUCAAUAGCGUUACUCACACAUACACGUCAAUAUGGACCCGCUUUAGCAGCACGUCACCAUUAUCUCCUCCUUCGACCCCAAAUCCGUUCUUCUUGGUUCGCCCUGAUGAUCGCUCACCAACUCAACGGUGAUUUGGAAGAAGCUUUGAAGGUGUAUAACGAUUAUCAAAGCACUGUACAGACUGAAGGUGCAACCAAGCCUGAGAAAGCUCAGAUCCUGCUGCAUGUGAUCAAGAUUUGCAUUGAAGCUGGAAAAGAUCAAGAAGGUUUAGAAAAAUUGAGACAGGGUGUAAGGGAUGGUAUCAUCAGUCCUAGAGGAGAAUGUACCCUGCUUAAAGGUGAGUGA